CUCUCUCUCUCUCUCUCUCUCUCUCUCUCUCUCUCUUCCUCUCUCUAGGGAUUUAGAUUUGGAGAAGAACAGCAGUUGUAGAAGUUUUGGUAGUUGUAGCAGAAGAGAGGGAGAGGCUAGAGGAGCAAAAAUGUUGUUGGGGAAGAGACCAAGGCCUCCAAUGAAGAGAACCACAAGCAUGUCAGAGAUCACCUUUGAUCUCAACACUGAAGCUCAGCCUGAGCCCUCAGAUCCACACAACCCUUUCAGUCCUCUGGCCUUUGAUGGCGUCAUGGUGAAGACGGCGUCCUCAUCACCCUCGCCCAGAAACCACAGAAGGAACUCUGCUGAUUUCGUUGAGACUCUUCACUUCUUGAGGUCUUGCGGUCUCUGCAAACGCCGCCUUGUUCCUGGCCGCGAUCUUUACAUGUACAGAGGUGAUACUGCUUUCUGCAGUCUAGAGUGCCGGCAGCAACAGAUGACCCUAGAUGAGAGGAAUGACAAGUGUUCAUCUUCGGCCCCCAACGCCGGCGUCGUCACCGGACACCAUGUCUCUUCAACAGGGGAAACUGUGGCCGCUGUGUAGAAUAUUGGUAUUUCAAACCGGUGAUGAACACAGCUCGAUCUAUUCAGGCGCCGGAUCAUAUGAAUAUAUUUAGAUUUUGGGAGGUCGAUCUAUGCAUGAAACUAUGAAUAGACUUUGAAGCUGUAAUUUUCAUGUGGUAAUGAGGCAUAUUAGUAUAACACAAGUUCAUCAGGG